AUGGCACUUAAGAAGUACUUGAGUUCAGUAAUUUUUUUGUUGGCUAUCUAUUUCGAAGCAUGUUCAUCACUUGGGAAUAACAGCAUCUUAAUAAAUAAUAUUUGCAUUGAGUACCGUAAAAAUGUGUCGAUAUACGUUAAGAAUAUAAUAUACAAUAUGUCAACCAAAACAUCACCCGUUUCCUUUUGUGGUUGGUGUAGUGAAACUGUGUAUAAACUAAAGAAAGUCAUAGAAGAACAAGAGGCUUAUAGUGCGAAUGGCGAGGCAUGUGCUGAUCUCUUGGCGAAUACAGAAAGGGGUACAAUAGAUUCUAUCGACUUCAUUUUCGAUAAAUGGAAUCGUUCCUUCUGCUCCCAUUGUCUUGAAGAAGUUUAUUCCGAUCAAAGCAUUAGUAUAUCAGCGGAUUCUUUCAAUAACAUAGAACAGCCUAGACGCCUUCUACAUACGGAUUUUCUAUACAACUUGCAAGUCUACAGUAAAAACGUGCGUACAUUCUUCGAGAAGCUUGAUGAUGCUUUAAGUUGUUUCAUGCAGUUCAUCAAUAAUCCCAACAUAUCUAUUCUCAAUGUAUUAAAUUUCCCCUCGUCUAGCACCUUAAAUAUCAGUUCGACGGUUUGUCAAAAUUGUUCAGCAGCGUAUUAUAGUCUCCUAGAUUACUACACUAAUAAUCUCCUAAGAUAUAACUCUCUAGAAGGAGGGAAUCAAAAUUUCCUUGUAAAAGAACGCUCUGGUCAUCGUUUCGCCGUAUGUUUGGACGUACAAAAUGCCAUAAAUCGCACACAAUGGGCUUGGUACAACUUAUUUCGGUGCCGAACGGAGGAAGUUAGUCAUAUUGGCUUCUUCUUACCAUUGAUAGUUUGUGUCACAUUCCUCGUAGUUUUCCAUUGUCUUGCCCAAUCAGUAUGUCGUUAUCCCGCCCAUCUGCUGGUAUACAGGCCAAGACGUGUUGAACCUACUGUUAGAUGUCAACGAAUUCUUAGCACAGCCUCGAUUUCGCGUGGGCAAAUGUCAUUAGUCCGGUCUUAUGGGAGCAUUGGAUCUGUGGAAGAUAACACAAUAGAUUCUAACCUAAUUACAAAGACAUACUCACAGUCUGAUUCACUAUUUGACAAUCGCACAGUGGUAAUCCGAACAUAA